AUGUUAUGGGACAUGUUCUACUGGUUCGAGAUGAUGAACUUGUUCCUGGUGGGUCCCUCGGAGCUAGUCAGUAUGUUGACCACUGCUUACGAGGCUCAGACGUUCCGUGACUCCAUCAAGGUGUUCAGAACCAUGCCCUGCUUCGGGUGCGUUGUAUUGUCUAUGUUCAAGUCCAUCAAAAUGGUAGUCCACCGACCUGUGUACGAGAACCUGGCUAACGAACUCCGCGACAUGUGGCCGGAGGGAGAGGUCUCAGAAGAAGAGCACCACAUAAUCAGCGCCGCGCUCAAGCAGCUCAACUUUAUUGUUAAAGGCUACUACUGGUGCAACAACGCGCUUCUGAUCAGCUUCCUUUCACCUCCAUACUUCAUUACCCUGGCGCGCUACUUCGGCUACGAUUCCCCCAUGGGGCUGCACUUCUUGUACUGGUUGCCCUUCGACCCCUACCAGCCUGUCUACUAUGAGAUCACGCUUGUAUUACAAACCUGGCAUGCGCUGGUGGUGAUCUGGUUCAACGUGGCGUGGGACAUGUUGUUCUGUUUGUUCCUCUGCCACAUCACUACGCAGUUCGAUCUAUUAGCGAGGAGGGUGCGGAGACUGUUCUACGUGCAAGUUGACAACCAGCUCAUCAGUUCAUAUCCCAUGGCGUCUGUAAGCAGAGAGUUCAUCCGGUCUGAGGGGGAGCGAGUGAACUCGUAUAGCAACCAGUACUGGGAGGCCAGGUACCAGAAGGAGAUUACUGAAAUAGUUUUACGACAUCAUUCCUUGAUCAGCAUGUUUUACAGUAGGUUCCUACCUACCUAUUCUGCUAUCAGCUCAAUAUCCUCAUGGUUACACAGGUUGACGGGCGAUGUGGAGAACAUGUUCAGCCUGGCGCUGCUUAUCAAUUUCAUGAACAGCUCCAUCAUCAUAUGUUUCUGUGGGUUCUGUUGCGUUUUAAUUGAGAAAUGGAACGAGGUGGCGUACAAGUCGUUCCUCGUGACAGCACUAUCACAGACCUGGCUGCUCUGCUGGUACGGACAGAAGCUUAUCGACUCUGCUACUCGUAACGUUACGCUAUACAGUAAGGUGUACAGUUCCCGAGUCGAGUCUGGUUUCGAUUUCAAUCAGCUCGGAGACCGUUCCGGACUUCGCUGUGGCGGGCCGAUAUACACAAACUUUACAUGGAACGAACGAGAUAAUGGUAUUUACAAUACGAGAGUAACAAAUGAUCAAUUCAACUACGCGUACACUAACCUAGUGGAUGAGGCGACAGCGAAAUCCGAAGCGAAGCAAUACAAAAGGUGUAGUGGUCGUGAGAGUCGCUCGCGCGCUACUAAUGUACAGGAGCUGGACGAGUCUGGCGCCUACUGUCGGGCGGAGAUGGAAGACUGGAUUUACCUUCUCGCUACUUGCGCACUCUACUCUUGCUCGACCAAAUACAGAAACAUCUUCGUAACUAAAUAAAUAACAAUUCAUAAUCGUAUUCUCACUAAUCGACAGCAUAUAAUGUUCAUAAGCGUAUCGAGGGCCACGUGCGUGGCGCGGACGUGGCGCGGACGUGGCGCGGACGUGCCGCCGACGUGAUCGUCAAACAAAUCGCUUACUACCGGACAUUUAAAGCUCUCCCACAACACAUGAACGGUAUUUAAUCCCUGCAUUACAAAACAAGAUAUAAAUAUACAAUUUAGUACGUUCGUGUAUACAUCACACGAUUACAUCGGGGUCUGCACUCGAGACCGAGACCACACGAAAUGCACCCGGUACGUCAGGUUGUGUACAAUGUCUUCUGUCAGAAUACUACAUACACGUCACUAUAACAAUCAGUUUGUAGAAAAACUUCGUACGUAUUUAC